GUCUUGGCACACUGGUCAGUUGAAGAAAUAGUCAAAGGAGUUAACAGUAACAACAUGGAGCUGCAGCUGCAGGCUACUCAAGCUGCCAGGAAACUCCUCUCAAGAGAGAAGCAGCCCCCAAUAGACAACAUCAUUCGGGCUGGUUUGAUUCCCAAGUUUGUCUCCUUCCUGGGAAGAGCAGAGUGCAGUCCCAUCCAGUUUGAGUCUGCCUGGGCACUCACCAACAUUGCUUCUGGCACAUCAGAACAGACCAAGGCAGUGGUGGAUGGAGGAGCUAUCCCAGCCUUCAUCUCCCUGCUGGCCUCUCCCCACACUCACAUCAGUGAGCAGGCUGUGUGGGCACUGGGGAAUAUUGCAGGGGAUGGCUCUGCCUACAGGGACCUGGUUAUUAAAUAUGGUGCCAUUGAGCCACUGCUGAGUCUGCUUGCUGUCCCUGACCUCUCUUCCCUGGCUUCUGGAUAUUUGCGCAAUGUCACCUGGACCCUCUCAAACCUGUGUCGCAACAAGAAUCCUGCGCCGCCCAUCGAGGCUAUUCAGCAGGUCCUUCCCACCCUGGUUCGGCUCCUGCACCACGAUGACCCCGAGGUGCUGGCAGACACCUGCUGGGCCAUUUCCUACCUGACAGACGGUUCCAACGACAGGAUAGAAGUUGUUGUGAAAACUGGACUGGUGCCACAGCUCGUCAGGCUUCUGGGAUGUAGUGAGCUGCCAAUAAUGACUCCUUCAUUAAGAGCCAUAGGAAACAUUGUCACUGGUACUGAUGAGCAGACACAGAUCGUUAUAGACUCAGGAGCACUCUCUGUCUUUCCAAGUCUCCUUUCCCAUCACAAAAACAACAUUCAGAAGGAAGCAGCCUGGACCAUGUCCAACAUCACUGCUGGACGUCAGGAUCAGAUUCAGCGAGUGGUGGACCAUGGGCUUGUGCCUUAUCUCAUUGGUAUUCUGAGGAAGGGGGAUUUCAAGUCUCAGAAGGAAGCUGUGUGGGCUGUGACGAACUACACAAGUGGUGGAACAAUUGACCAGAUUGUGUAUCUCGUUCAGGCUGGUGUUCUUGAACCCCUAAUGAAUCUCCUCACAACUAAAGACAGCAAAACUGUGCUAGUUAUCCUGGAUGCUGUUUCCAAUAUCUUCCUGGCUGCUGAGAAGAUUAAUGAGACUGAGAAGCUUUGCCUCAUGAUUGAGGAGUGUGGAGGUCUAGACAGAAUUGAAGCUCUCCAAUCACAUGAAAAUGAGCAAGUGUACAGAGCCUCAUCCACCAUCAUUGAGAAGUAUUUCUCAGCAGAAGAGGAGGAAGACCAAGAUGUUGUACCAGAAUCUACUGCUGACAGCUACACCUUCCAAGUGCAGGGCAACACGCCAAAUUCUUUCAACUUCUAG